AUGUCGGAUCGAACACAUGCACGCCUUUUUGCUAGUGGCUUGCCAUUAACAUCACGGUGCAAUACAUCGCCAGAAAGGGCCAAAUCCGCAUAUAUAUCAAUGCCCAGCCACAUCUCAGAGCGUUUUGCAAGCGUUUCAACAUCAUUAGUUCCGGGAAACAGAAUCAGUAUACAAAAACAGGGCCAUGCAAGCGAAGGUUCUGUGAGAAGGGUUCCCUUGCGUCUUGCGAAUCUUACCACGGGAGGGAACAUUUCUGGUCGACAGGGCUUCACACUGAAUCCAUCUAUGCCGGCAGAAAACUCACUAAAGUCAUAUAUUUUUCCACGCGGUAGUCUUUCAAAACGAUUACGAUGUAUCCCGGCCUCUAAUAAUUUAUCUUCAUCACUCAGUUUGUCACAUGCGCCUUCGAAUGCACGAUUAGUACGAGCCCGCGCUGCCGCUGGUGCUGCUGACGGUUUCUUUAUUCCACCCGUACGCGCCGUUGAUGAGGGAAAGCUUGUUGUUGUACUGGACCUCGAUGAAACGCUUGUGUAUUCACGUUCUGGCAGGAUCAUUCUGCGUCCUGGGAUCAACCGACUUUUUGAUGUAUUGCGUGGACGCUGCGAAACGGUCGUCUGGACUGCUGGGGAAAAGUCUUACGCAAUGGAAGUAUUGCAGCUGAUAGAUUCUUCACACUGCGUCCAACACUGUAUUUACCGCCAUGAAAAGUGGUGGACCGAGAGACCAGGUUAUGUUAAGGACAUUGCUGCGUUGGGUCGUCCUCUUCACCAGACGAUUAUAAUCGAUAAUACACCGGAUUGUUUACGAGCGCACACCCGAAAUGCAUUGCUCGUCAGGGACUUCAGAGGCCCUUGUGGAGGAAGUUCAAGGUUUGACAACACUCUUUUUGUACUUGCAGACGUCAUUGAUGACGUUUUGAAUGGUUCAGAAAUUUCCAUUGAUGCUUUCCACGAUCACCCGCAGCUCCAACUUCGUUCUGUUGAAUGUGAAAGUGGCAGUACUAUUGAUGUACUUACGCUGAAGCAGGAUAACUUCCUUGACCCUCCAAAAGGUAAUAAUGUGAUCCCCUAUAAUACGCAAAGGGCGAGUCGACGUCGUACAAUGGUUGGAAUGUAA